UUUGGUUUAUGAUCUAUCUAAAUAUGGGCCAUGAUUGGACGGUUUAAUUUAAGUUACUUCUAUGCCACAUAUACAGUAUCUUACUGCCUAUGUAUCACCAUCACAUUCUCUCAAUUCAUAAAAUUUUAAGUUUAUGUUAAGGGCUAGACUCCUAUGAUAGUUCACCAUUUUGUAAAUGGUGGUGACUCAUCCUCCGCACAUGCGGCUCUCAUGCAAGGCUAUAUAGACCAUCCAGAUUGUGGAGCACAUUAUGGGUGGAGUGUUUCCCGAAAAUCUGAUUUGAUCUGAGACUUCGGCAGACCUAUAUGAACUUUUCUAGCUGUGAGAUCUGAGUUUGCUCUAUUGGGUUGCCCAUGUCUAACUUCAGAUCUGAUGAACAGUCCAUAUCUAGUGUUCAGCUGUUCAUUGGCCUUGUGACUAAGUGUGGACAUCAUGUAUGGAUGGUGGAGGGCAAGAAUUUUCUGAUCACUGUCUUUAAUUACUGAUUAGAUCAUUGGACCAAGAGAUGCAGCGAAGAGAUUAGUCGGCCACAUGGGCACAUGAGGCUAUGACCAUGCAGCAUUUCAACGUGAAAUUUACAUUAAGUUGGAUUUGAAGUUUGCCUCAAUUUCACAAGUACAUCAAGAGGUCUUUUACGUCAGGAUACUUUUCCUAGCAGGUUGAAAAGACUAUUUUCUGUUAGUUUGGUUUACAUCAGAAGUUAGGAGGGUGAUCUUAGUAAUUUGAGUUGUGUUUUCUUUAAUCAAGUUUGUUUUAAGCCUUUAAAAGCCUGUUUCCUUGAAAGUUCUAAUUUGAGUGGCUUUUCCUUUAAAAGCUUGACACCCCGAAUCUGACUUGUAGGAUACUCAAUUUUGGCAAAUGGUUUCCGAAAGGUUUCUUUGUUAUGUUUUGUCGAGAGGUGACUGCAAAUUGGAUUGAUAGAAGGUUUUAGGGUGUUUACAUUUUCGAGUCCCAUAUUUCUGUCCUUCAAUUUGCCGUUGAUAGUCAUAUUGUUUCAUCUCCAUCAUGGGAAAUGUACCUUAUGUUCAUCCUAAUUUUCUAAGACAGUCCUUUAGACAAGUUGUAGAAUUCUAGUAUCUGCCCUGAUCAGCCUCAUGUGCCAUGAUGCCCUCUACAACCAUCUGUUCCACCUCAUGUUCUUCCUCGUCUCCUCCCAAAGCGUCUUCCCACAGGUUUCACUUUUCAAAUUGUUAUUGGGUUCACGUGGCCAAAUAAACCUGAUAUGAUUGGGUGAUCUUUUUCUCAAAAUUUCAACUCCUUGGAGACUUUAAAACUCGAAGGCUGCACAAUGCACCAUCGACAUCAUCAUUCCCUUGUCCCAGUUAUUUGGGGUCGGCUUUAAGAGUCCUCUUUCACAAAUAAUCAAGAUGAAACAUGAAUUCUCAUGAUUGCUUGGCAAAUUUAUGUCAACGAGCUCUCCAACUGACAUAGCCCUCCUUUACCUGGGUUUGGGAUUGGCUGGCGAAUUGCUACCAGGGGAAUGGGCCAUACAAUUGCGCUACUACUGUUGAAAAUGGAACCUUUCUUGGGUGGAAAAUGCUUGUGGUCCUUAACUUGCUGCCAUCUUUAGAUAGGAAUGGAGCGUCGGAAGAGGAAGGCACCCAGCCCUGAACAGAAAAGAGUUCGGAAAAUGUCUUGGACGCCAGAUAUGGAUUCUUGUCUCACCGAACUCAUGGUGGAGCAAGUACAUAGGGGACGGAAAAUUGACCACAACUUCAAAAAAGAGGCAUUUGCAGAAGUCAGCGAAGAGUUUGAGAAGAGAACUGGCAUCGAGCUGCAUAAAGACAACAUAAAGAACAAGUUGAAAACAUGGCGGAGGCAGUACCUACAUGUGAAGGAACUCCUCAACCAUAGUGGCUUUGGAUGGGAUGACUCGUUAAAGAAGGUUUUCGCCUCUCAUGAUGUCUGGAAGGAGUACUUAAAGGCACACCAUGAGGCGAACUACUACAGAACAAAGUCGGUGGAGAAUUACAAUGAACUGGCCAUCAUCUUUGGCAAUGAUCAGACCGAGGGGAUGCAUAGCAAAACGGGGGCUGAAGUAGAUCUGGACAUGACAGACGGGUUGCAUAGCAAAACAGGGGGAGAAGUGGAUGUGGACAUAACUGCCGACGAUGUUUGUUUUGAAUAUGAUUUACAGGGAACAGAACCUGAGAAUAGUGACAAGGUGUGUAGCCCUGGAGAAAAAAAGUCAAAAAAUCUGUACUGGACGCCAGAUAUGGAUGCUUGUCUGACCGAACUCAUGUUUGAGCAAGCAAAAAGAGGGCGUAGAGUUGACAACGCCUUCAAAAGUGAGGUUUUUGCAGCUGUCAGCGAAGAGUUCAAGAAGAGAACUGAUAUAGAACUGCAGAAGGACCACAUAAGGAACAGGAUGAAAACAUGGCGGAGGCAGUACCGACGUGCAAAGGAACUCCUCAAUCAAAGCGGCUUUGAGUGGAACUACACGUUGAAGAAGGUUGUCGCCUCUGAUGAUGUCUGGAAGCAAUAUCUAAAGGCUCACCCUGAGGCCAGUUUUUUUAGAACAAAGUCGGUGGAGAAUUUCAAUGAGCUGGAGGUCAUCUUUGGCAACAAUCAGGCCAAUGGGGUGCAUGGCAAAACGGGAGGUGAAGCAGAUGCGGGCAUAACUGCCGAUGAUGUUUCUUUGGCUUGUGCUUUAGUAGAAGUUGAGGGUGACAAUAGCAAUAAGGUGUGUGCCACCGGACAGAAGAAACCAAAGAACUUGUGUUGGUCGCCAUAUAUGGAUGCUUGUCUCACGGAACUCAUGUUUGAGCAAGCACAAAAAGGACGUAGAGUUGGAAACAUCAUUAAACUCGAGGUGUUCACAGCCAUCAGUGAAGAGUUUCAGAAGAGAACCGGUAUAGAACUGCAGCCGGACCACAUAAGGAAUAGGAUGAGAACGUGGCGGAGGCAGUACCGUCGUGUGAAGGAGCUCCUCAACCAACGUGGCUUUCUGUGGAAUGACACAUUGAAGAAGGUUGUCGCCUCUGAUGAUGUCUGGAAGGCAUAUUUAAAGGAUCACCCAGAGGCCAGCUUUUACAGAACAAGGUCAGUGGAUAAUUUUAAAGAGCUGGACGUCAUCAUUGGCAAAAACCAGGCCGGCGUGGUGCAUAGCAAAACGGGGGCUGGAGUAGAUUUGUACCUAACUGCUGGUGAAGCAGAAGGUGAUGAGUUCCAUGAUCCAUCAUACAAUCCAGAGAAGGAAGAGCUCCAAAACAACGAGUCAGAGCCAUCCGGAUUUUCUAGUGAUGGCACAGAUGCUACCUCUCGGCAGAAUGGAGUGCAAGCAGAGUCCUCUUCGCAACAGAAGCAAUCUGGGGCGAAGAAGACCCGGAUAGGCAAUACUAUGGCGGGUUCGUUGAAUGAUGUGGCUGUGGCUCUUGGUAAGAUAGCCGAGGUCCUGAGUCAAGGCAGUUCCAUGGCCAGAAUGAAGAACCUGGUAGCUGAGAUGAAGAAGAUUCCAGACCUCAGCAGACCACUGUUCCUCAGAGCUUGUGAUUAUCUGGCUGCCGAUGAACAGAAAGCAACUCUGUUCUUGGCAAUGGAUGAGGACAUUAGGCGGGAGUGGCUGCUGCUGCAUCUUGGGUCUGAUUGACCAACAGAGUGUUUGUUGGUUUAGACAAUGGGGUUCAUUAUCUAGUUCUUUUUUGAUCCAAGGGGCAUGGCUGCUGUGACUUUAGGACAUUUUUACUCCAUUUUGGAUGCAUUUAGUGGCAAGUCGCAGGAUACCAUUGGAUGGUGAUUUGACACUGUAGGAUCAUAUGGUCGAAUGGUGGAUUCGGUUGGAUGAUAUGGUGCCAUGAUUGCUGGAUUGUUGGAGGAUAUAUUACGUCGGAUCAUAGGGGUUGAAUGGUGUAUUUGUUGGAUGAUAUGGUGACAUGAUUGGUGGCUUUUCUUGGAGGAUACAUAUACACAUCUAAUUUAUUUCGUAUACUUCGACAUCCAUUUAGUUGCAAUCUGGAUGUGUUCAAAAUCGCUUUCACAGUAAGUUAAUUUCCUUAUAGAAUGGUUUCAUUGCAAGUUAAUUUCUUUUGUAAUAUGAUUCUCAGGAAAUUUUUAGAUUGUUCCAGGUGUGAGUUCUGGUUCCCAAACAGGGUCUGAGAAAUGAACUAAGUCUGCAUGCAGAUGAUGAAACUUAGCUAGCGCUUUCUUGGCUAUAUAACUGACAUAGUAAUGUUGUUAUUAUUACAAUUUGUGAAAGAAGGGUAAUGUUGCGUCUUUA